AUGUUGUCUAGCCUAAAGACAAGCUUGUUUACACAGUAUGCAGGCUGUGUCAGCAUACUACAGAGCACUAGAUCAUUAUCCUUGAUGGGUAAUUUGAAGCCAUCGUACAAAUCAACAAAAAUAUUCAAGAGACUUGGUCGUGGUCCAUCCAGUGGUCAUGGUAAGACUUCUGGACGUGGUCAAAAGGGUCAAAAGGCCAGAAGCUCUGUGAAGUCCUGGUUCGAAGGUGGUCAAACUCCAAUUUACAAGUUGUUUCCAAAGAUUGGUUUCAAGCCAUUCACCUCUUUAGAAUUGACGGAAUUGAACUUGAAGAGAAUUCAAAAAUUCUACUCUGAAGGAAAACUCCAGUUGGAAGAAGGAGAAGUAUUGACCAUGAAAAAAAUGAAAGAAGUUGGAUUAAUCUCUGGUAAUAUCCACGAUGGUGUGAAGAUCUUGGGUGAUGGUAAAGAUUUUUUCAAAGUUCCAAAUUUGAAAGUCGAAGCUACUAGAGCUUCUGCCGAUGUCAUUGAAGCCAUUGAAUCCAAUGGUGGUGAAUUCACUGCGAAAUAUUAUAACAAAUUGGCCCUCAAGGCUCAUUUGGCUCCAAACUGGUUUUUAAAGAAAUAUGGUAGAUUGCCUUUGGAAGCUAGACCAACUCGCCGGAAGGACAUUGAGUACUACAGUCGUGAACAUGGGUACUUGACAAAACAAAACCACGAAUUACUUAAAUUGAAAGAACAAUACCAAUCCGAUUUCUCUAAAUCUUUCAAGAAGAGAGUCAACAAAUUGGAAGAACAGUUACAAUUGGCCAGCAGCGAAAAUAACAACACUAUGAAUACUUCACACUUAAACAAAAGUGGGAUCAUCUCGAUUAAUGACUUGUGA